AUGAGGGUCCUUGCCGUGGCCAGCUGCUUCUCUAACUGGAUUCUCAUGUUCCCAGGUGAGGGUGCCAGACCCAAGGAGGAUUGUGCAAUGAGCAUGGCAACCUCAGAGGCAUCAUCAUCAGCUUCAGGGCACCUGAAAUCCCUGCAGGUUCCAGUACCCGCCGUUGCCCCUGUGCCACCCACACCCACAGCGAAGGAGACCGUGGGAUCCAGCCAGACCCCUGUAUGGGAAGGGCUGCCUCCUCUAGGAGCCUGUGGCAGUCGGAUUUUGGGGGUAAUUGGUGGAAAGCCAGCCCCAGAAAGAAAGUGGCCCUGGCAGGUCAGCCUGCAGUUCAACGAUCGCCACAGAUGCGGAGGUUCCCUUAGUGCCCCACAGUGGGUGCUGACGGCAGCUCACUGUGUAGAACACUAUCGAAACCUUACGGUGAAGAUGGGAGCCACAUAUUUAUAUUCACGCUGCAAAACUACAGUGGAUGUUCCAGUUAAACACAUCAGUUCACAUAAGGAUUUUGAUUGGAACCUUACCCCUAAUGACAUUGCCCUUCUUCAGCUGGCCCACUCUGUGAAUUAUUCUGCGUGCAUUCAGCCAGUGUGUCUCCCUGAGAAGAACUUUGAAGUGAGACCUGGGACACAGUGCUGGAUAACUGGAUGGGGCCGAACUUUAGAAUUUGACCCAACUUCAGUGUCACCUAAACUUCAGGAAGCUGAGCAACUCAUUAUUUCCCUAAAGCAAUGUGCUGAGAUGGUCGAGAAAACAUCAAAUAAAUCAGGAGAUCAGGUUCAAAAAGGGAUGGUCUGUGCCCAGAACAUAAAGAGCGAAGGUCCCUGUAAGAGAGAUUCUGGAGGUCCCCUGGUCUGUCAGUUUCAUAGAUCAUGGGUCCAGGUGGGGAUUGUGAGCUAG